AUGGCUUCAAUGACUUCAAUUGAUGAAAUCAUCGAUCAGGAGGACUGGAGACAAAUAUCUGAGCCAGCUUUGCGCAAACGAAUCCAAAACCGGAUCUCACAACGCAAGCUUCGCGCAAAGAGGAAACAGCAAAACAAGCCAAUGCUCUUCGACAUUGACGCUUCAACGCCCGCCAUGGAUAUCAAUCCUGAGUUGUCUACACUCUUUGCCACAGGCAAUUCAACGCGGGAACCGUUUUUAGAUCCCAUGGACGCUUCAUAUCCUUCCAUCGACCUCGAAUGGCCGGAAAACUUUAAUAUAAACACUCCCCCGCUCUUAGACGCUACUAUCCCUUGGAGCCCAGACGAAAUAGCAGCGAACAUGCCAUCAUGGACGACAGACACAGAAGCCGGCUACUUCGACCAUGACCCUCUACCAGCUGAUCUCCAUUUAAUGUCCGAUGACGAUCCAACCCCCUUGGACCCGAAUAGUAUCUCAAACAUAGAUACAAUGGCCUCUCCGCGGUCUCGGCACCCCCGAAAAUUCAAAGCCGGAGAGGUAGUUAUCAACAUCGCUAAACCCAGACUAUACAAUCCCCGUUCUGGCUCAGUGGCAUCUUCUUCCUUGACCUCAUCUGAAGAGUCAACGUCAGGAAGGUCCUGUCCAGUAAAAUGGAGUACCCGAAUUUUAUCUCGCGGCUUCGAAACCGGAUGUUCCCUUAGAAGCAGUGACACGACACGAAAGCAAUCUUUUCGUCCCUGGAAAAAAUGCACCACUACCAAAGUCACGCCAGCGGAUGAGUCGUAUCAAUUUUCUUCGCGUGAAGAUAUAGUGGAAUGCACCAAUUGUGGGUGCCACAUGGCUGUGCGGGAAACGCCUCGACCAAGCCAGAAGGAGCUAGUAGAGAUGCUGUUUGAGCGCAAUCCGGCAUUGGCUGAGUUGGCGAAGCAGCCGAAUGUUCGCAUCGAAUAUGGAUUACCGCCAUCGUCAAGACAUGACAGCACACGGCAUGAUCCAUCAGUUGACUUAGAGAUGGAAGAUCAAGAAAAGGGGGUGGAAAGUGAACAAGAGUAUAUUGUAAUAUAUACCGGACAUGAGCGACCUCGUGAUUAA